CACUGGAGAGAUUCCUGGGAAGGGCAGAGUGGAUCUCCGUUGCCCCCCUGGCCAGCAGGCCCCCUAAUCCACACAAUGGGACUGUGACAGUGGACACUGCUGGGGACCCCCGCACACGUGCUCUCCGUGGAUGAUGGAUGACAACACACUCUCUGAACACCCAGAACCCUUGGAAUUUCUCAACGUCUGUUUGAGCGACAACCUGCAGCCCCACCCAGGAGUACAGCCCAGGGAAACGAGCAGCCGUCCUGACCCGCCCGGACCUUUGCAGGAACUGACCUGGGCGUCGGACCCUUCUGAGUCCACGGGGAGGCAAGAUGCUCCUGCCGGGGGCUCUAGGGCCGAGCCCGAGGGCCUGGGGAGCGGGUCUUCCCAGGGGGGCCCACAGCAGAACCCCAGCUCGUCCACGCAGGUGGUGUUCUGGGCGGGCAUCCUGCAGGCCCAGAUGUGCGUCCUGGACCUGGAGGAGGAGCUGGAGAAGACUGAGGGGCUCCGAGCCGAGCUGAGGUCCUGCAUCCCCACGGCCCCUGUGGACCUCCCCCCGUUCCCCUCCAGCCCGGCGGCCCCCCUGGACCCGGGCCCCCCGGCCAGCCCUCCCUCGGGGGAGGACAGCAGCAGGCCUGAGGGAGAGAGCCAGACCCAGGUGUCCCCCGGGGAGGGGACGCCAGACUCGUCCCCAGAGUGGGGUGCCGAGGAGGAGAGUCUGUUCUUUGACAACCCCCUCUUCCUGGAAAGCCCUUGCUCAGACACCAGCGCUCCCAGAGAGCGCUUCUCCUGGGGGCACCCCGACUCCUGUGCUGACGAGGACGACGAUGGGAGGCCCGAGAGCCCGCAGAACCUGGAGCCUCCUCUCCUGCUGGGCAGGGUGCCGUGGGGGCUGGGCGAUGAGCCAGACUCGGGGGACAGUGUGUCUGAGUCCAGCGGGCACACCACCCCUCCGUUCCCUAUGCGCCACCUACAAACCACACUCCUUCUCCUGGGCCGAACC